AUGGGCUUGGCUACGUAUACCGCUACUUGGGCAGCUAUCGGGUUCGGGAUCCGGUGUUAUCAGCUGGGCGUCAUGCAGAGACCUCUAUUCACUAACCUAUGGGCUCAUGGAAUCUCGACGGGUCUUUUCGGCUCACUCGGCUAUUACUUCUAUCAUCUCAAAAUCCGCCAACGUGAAUUACUGGAAGAAAGAAGGGAGGAAAGCAAAAUAUUUCAAGAGGCUCAAAAGAUUAGAAACGCGCUCAGGAAACAACAACAGGAGCAACUCGACUCAAACAUGUCACAUUAG